AUUUUUCAGUGAGAUUCUUCUCCUUGGGAAACAGGACUGCUUCCUGCUGGAUUUCCUUACCGCAUUAUUGUUUCCCUUUUUCUUAUGUUAACCAAAGUCAUUCUUCCUGCCGAUGUAUACCAUGUCAUGCUUUCACACGCAUUCACCACUGAAAAAGAAGAAAUCAUCGGCAUGCUGAUUGGCAGCUGGCAGGUUUUACCGAAUACAAAUCCAUUCUGUAAAACACGUUCACUGGCCUACGUUGAGGCGAUUUCUAUAUUGAAAAGAUCUGAUAAACGAAAAGAUCGGGUGGAAAUUGCGCCAGAACAAUUGCAUUUGGCCGCACUACGGGCAGAGGAACUUUGCUCCAAAACCAAUCGGUCUCUCUCUGUUAUUGGCUGGUACCACAGUCAUCCUCAUAUCACUGUUUUUCCAUCUCACAUUGACCUAAGAACCCAACUUUCCUAUCAAGCCAUGGACUCGCAAUUUUUUGGUAUCAUUCUAUCCUGCUUCAAUAGAACGGCCGAUGAUGCCAAUCGAGUACAGAUCACCUGUUUUCAAUCGGAGCAAAAACAAGAUCAAAGUGUAACGCAGUUGAACAUUGCGCUGGAAAUCCGUCCUUCCAUCACACCCACGUUGGGUGCAAGGGACACUUUUCUGGAAAUUCCAAAAUACUUGUACGAAGAACAAAGAGAUGAAUAUGCGCGCAGUAUUGAUCGAAUACAAUAUGGCCAUCGAACUCAUAUGCGAACAGAUAACGACACCGCACCAGAGGAAGAUCAUUUGGCUAGUAAUAUGGUGAAAUUGCAUAAUGCCGGGAUUUACGGACAAGCGUUAACACGACUAGUGGAUGGUAUUGUAUUUCCAGCGACUCAUUUGCUGGAACUUCGAUCACUAGCGAUCGACGAAGAGGGUACUAACGUUGGUGAUAAAAAGAUGGCUGAACUGGAAAAAGAAAAAGAAGCCUUGUUAAACCGGCCGGACAAGCCAGUGAUCUAUAUUUCGGAUGACGAAGACGAACAUCAACGUCUGGAAGAUACCGAAUCCUUUCUCAUUGACCUCUGA